AUGAAAAGUGACUCUAUUCUUCAAGAGGUCUCUUGCCUAAAAAUAACUAUUAAUUUUUUUUCUACAUUUCGCUGUUUUAGGUCGAAGGUUUGCUUUAAAGUAACAUUGACAUCCGACCCCAAUUUGCCGUACAAAGUCUUUAAUGUACCUGAUUCCGCCCCUUUCACGGCCGUUCUAAAAUACGUGGCGGAAGAGUUCAAAGUGCCACCCGCUACUAGUGCAAUUAUUACGGAUGACGGAAUUGGAAUUAACCCAAACCAAAAUGCUGGUAGGUCGUUCCUAUGA